GGGACGCGUCGGAACAUGGGUAACGCGAUCGCCCGGUGCGACACGGAAUCGACUUUUUCGUCGGGCCACCGGAAGGAGAGGGUGAACAUCCGUUCACAGAGCACUCGGUCACGGCCAAGGUCGUCAUUCGCCGUGGUUCCUGGGCCGCCGGUAGGCCUUCUGGUUUUAGUUCAGUGCAGCAGUGCAGCUUCGACGGACAAGCGGGUCUCUCCUCUACAACGGACACUUGAACAUAACCGCCACGCACACUACGAUACAGACGCUACUGUCUACGACGCCGGUUCCGUGUUCAAACGCGAUACUUACGCAGAGCCAGCAGCUUAUUCGUGUCAACGAUAUUGCGUUUCAUUCGGUGACGAACACGUAGUGGACUUCAGGCGAAAAAUGAUUGGAAUGAGAAAGUUAAAUGGUGCACCUUUGUGGGCCAUGCUGUUGUUACUCCUGAUGUGGUUCGAAUGUUACUGUGCCAAAACUUACGAUGAUAACGAUGAGAAAUUACAAACGCAGCCGAAGGACGCACCUCACUCGCGACAGAAACGACUGCUUUGGAUCACUACUGACGGCCGAUUGGCCUUACCGCCCGGUACCGGUCUCACCAUAACACCAUCGUUGUCCCUUCCGUUCGUCAGGUACCCACCAGAUGGAUUCAAGUCCAACAUGUCAAUCAGCUUGCCAUUCACGAUCAAUUUCGAUGCUUUGGGACUGACCGACAACCAGAAUCCGUUUGGAGCGUUCCCAACAAUAGCCAGGAGUAUGGGCAGACGGGCUGGAGAGGUGCUCACCGACUAUGUGGCUAACUAUAUGGGAGUCCGGAGAUCGAAACGGUCUGUUGUGCCAUCGUUACCUAAACCGUUGCACUCAUAUUUCCAAGGAGGCGAGAGAGCUUUGCUGUACACAGUCGUAGAAGAUUUGUUAACUAACUUUGGAAUGGAUGGGAAACCGUGUCUGCUUCGAACCAUAUGCGAAGUUCACGCACACCAGUCCAUUCAUAAGUUUGGUUUUAUCGGUGAAUUUCUUCAGUUGUUCUUAACUGCUAGUAGAUCGUCGUACGCCCAUUUGAUGCAGGACUACGUAGAUGCCGAAACCGCUGGCAAGCGCAGUAAAGAAUGUUACCCGUACUAUAAGCAAUGUCCUAAGUCGUUGUUCACCAACAAACACAGUUACACGGAACACCAUUCGCCGACCGAGGACGAAGAUUCCUACGAAGAUGAUCUUGGCGAGGAAUCAACAUUCGCGGAAGAGGUCGACACCAACCACCAGGGACAUGGCGAUAAGAUGGUCGACGCCGACCAGAAGGAGCUCGAGCCGUCGAGUCACACUAAACCGAAAGGAUCUAAAGUGACCGUGGACCGUGCUACACCAUUUUCCAUGUGACCUGAACCGACCAAUGUACAUCAUCUAACGAUUGCGCUUUUAAUUAUAUCGUAUUCGCUUGUCCCACGAAAAAUGUUCUUUCUAUAACGGUAAUACUAUGGUCAUUUAAAACUA